CGCAGAUGCUGGAUCAUUUGAGAAGUUUCCCCGUGUUCAGCGCACUGCCUGCCCUCACUAACUGUACUGGAGACGGAUAGGAAAGCGCGCUGCAAAACCCCGAGAGCCACCGGCCUUCAACUCAGACCCCGGUCUGCUCUUCUCUUAAAGAGGCGUCGCGAACGGAUCAAUGAGCCAAACGAACAAGCGGUUUCUCCUUUGAGGCUCGUUUUUGGGCUUUACGCGUGGACUGCCUUACAACCUUCCCUUUCAUAUUCACUUCUCUCGAGGAUACCUGUACCUCUACUGAUGGAACAGGGUCACUCCAACGUUCUCCUGCAGCCGCCCAACACCACCUAACAUUUCCUGGAAAAACGUGUCCAUUGCCUGCUCCCAACAAACAUGGACUGUUUUCCCGUGCUUUAUUUUCUGUCGAGACAUCAUGAUUCCUGGUAAUCGAAUGCUGAUGGUCAUUUUAAUAUGCCAAGUCCUGCUGGGAGAGAGCAACCAUGCUAGUCUGAUACCUGAAGAAGGGAAAAAGAAAGUGCCAGGCCUGCAGGGUCGUUCGGCCACUCAGAGCCAUGAACUGCUGCGGGACUUUGAGGCCACGCUGCUGCACAUGUUCGGCCUCAAGAGGCGGCCGCGGCCCAGCCGCUCCACCACCGUGCCCCGCUACCUGCUGGACCUCUACCGGCUGCAGUCGGGGGAAGCCGAGGAGGCUGGAGGCCAUGACAUUGCUUUUGAGUACCCGGAGAGAUCAGCCAGCCGGGCGAACACUGUGAGGGGCUUCCAUCAUGAAGAGCACAUGGAGAGGGUGCACGAGUUCGACGCUGGAGAGGCCGCGCCCCUUCGCUUCCUCUUCAACCUCAGCAGCAUCGCCGAGGACGAGCUGCUCUCCUCCGCUGAGCUCCGGCUUUACCGUCAUCAGAUCGACGAGGCCCUCGCCGACGCCCUCUCAGACGAGCAGGGGCUUCACCGGAUAAACGUGUACGAGGUGCUGAAGCCCCCGCGGCCCGGGCAGCUGAUCACGCAGCUCUUGGAUACGCGGCUCGUGCGCCACAACAUGUCGCGGUGGGAGAGCUUCGACGUCAGCCCCGCCGUGCUGCGCUGGACUCGUGAGCGCCUCCCAAAUUACGGGCUAGCGGUGGAGGUUCUGCACCUCAACCAGACGCCGCGUCACCAGGGCCGGCACGUUCGCAUCAGCCGUUCGCUACACCAGGAGCCCGGCGAGGACUGGGAGCAGCUACGCCCCCUCCUGGUCACCUUUGGCCAUGACGGGAAGGGUCACCCGCUAACCCGCCGGACCAAGCGCAGUCCCAAGCAAAGGGGCCGCAAGCGCAACCGCAACUGUCGGCGUCACGCGUUGUACGUGGACUUUAGUGACGUAGGCUGGAAUGACUGGAUAGUGGCGCCCCCUGGUUACCAGGCUUAUUACUGCCACGGGGAAUGCCCCUUUCCUCUGGCAGAUCAUCUGAACUCGACUAACCACGCCAUUGUUCAGACACUGGUGAACUCUGUGAACAACAACAUUCCCAAGGCCUGCUGUGUGCCGACUGAGCUCAGCGCCAUCUCCAUGCUCUACCUAGACGAACAUGACAAGGUGGUCCUAAAAAACUACCAGGAAAUGGUAGUGGAGGGCUGCGGCUGCCGCUAACACACAAACUAACCAGAACUUAGACUCGGACUGGCGACUUGAAAAAAGCAACAUGGACGCUACAAACAAAUUAGAAGGUCUUUAUUUCCAAAAAAUGUUCACUUGGACCCUUAUUUAUAACUUUAAUGUUGAGGUGUAUGUUUGUCUCACUUUAUUGUUUCUUUGACAGUAUGAUCAUAUAUUUUGACAAAAUAUAUAUUAUAUAUAUUUAUAUCUACAUAUUAAAAAAAUAAAUUGAGUUCUUAUUUUAAACAUAAAAAGCUGUACAACUUUUCAUAAUGUACAUUAGAUUGUAUACGUUUUUUUUUUAUUGAGAAAAUAGUAAAAAAAAACAAUCGUAAAAAAGUAAAAGUUUAUUUACUUGUAAUAUUUAUUGCUUUCACAUUCUAUACAUUUGGAGAGAAGAAUAAAAACAAUCGACUGCUUCCAAUAACACAAUUCAACAAGAACACAUAACAGAUCAUUUAUCUCUUUGCCUAAAUUCGAGCAUUGCAUGAGGUUUAAUGGAAUGAGUUGAAACAUUCCAUAGUGUGCACUGAUGUCAAUGGUUUUAUUUAGUCCCUUAAAACAAACUUUAAUUUUAUUGUUUUGUAAAAUAUAUUUAACAACUAUCUACCAGAAGACAUUUUGUAAAAGGUUGACGGUUUGGAUUGAAAUUCUGAGCGUGGUAUUUAUUCUGGUGGCCUUUUAAUGCUCGUAAAUUUAAAAUUGAACUUUUUCCAACUUAAAAAAAAACAAACUUUCACCUGUGAUAUGUUUUUUGCUCUUUCCUCCCCCCCCCCCCAAAAUUGCAGUAACAGAAGCUGUGAGAGAAAUGCUAUGCCAUUUCAAAGCUUUCGAGUAAAGCCCCGUAUUGUUCUCAUAUUUCUCUUUAAUGUCAAUCUGACUAACAUGUGGUGGUUGGACACUCGCUAAUCCAGUUGCAGUCUGGGCGGGUUAUUGGGCCCGACUGUGGGAGAGUGAUUCUAUUGUUCUUGACGUCCCCACAUUAGGGGCAUGAUUGUGGCCGAUGCGUCCUGCCCCUGACACAAGACGGCUGAGUCCUCAGAAGAAUCAAAGGUUAGACGCUCUGUCUCCUGCCUUUGUCUUCAGUGGCUAAUGUCGGCAGAGCAAAGACGCCUGUCUCCAACCUGUGCCCCAUCACACAAUAGGCUUCUACAUCACUUAUUUACAAGCUGACGGCUGCCCCAAAUUAUAUGAUAAUGUUUUGAGAGGCUGCUCCUUUGAACUGCUGGGGGGGAUGUUUGCUGAAAGUGCCCUGUACACCAGCAUGUCACAGGGUUGAACCUCUGGAUUUAAAUGUAAUAUAAUCCAACAUAAAUAUUUUUUGAUGAAUAA